AUGGCCACACAGGAAGGUACUCCAAUCAGAGCUGGCGCUGCCGCCCUUCCCUAUGGUCAUGUGAUCGGGAGCGAGAAGUGGAGGGGGAGCGCUCUGGCUCAGUUAUUACAAGGUAAAAUAAAACUGAUGUUUGAAGACAGUCUGGGGCUGGUAGAUUUCCACCUUUCCAACAGAGUCUGCAUCCUCUACAUAACGGAGACUGACCUGGUGUCAGGAAAUGCCUUUAAAAGACGUCUUGUCCGAUUUCGCAAAGCCAGUAACCUGAAAGGUGUGGUCAUAGUGGAGAAGACACGGAUCAGCGAGCAGUACUUUCCUCCAGUACAGAACUUUGUGGUUCUUGAACUCGGCAUGUCGUUAAUUCCGGUCACCAGUCAGAGCGAAGCAGCACAGCUCAUCCUUUGUUUGGUUCAUGAAUGGAGCAAAGAGGGUGGCAGUAAUCCAUUUACCGGUAAAAAGCAUUGCAGCCUCCUUGAUGGUGCCGUCCUGCAGAGCAUGCAGAGGAUUCCCGGAGUGGGCCGAGUGAAGGCUCAGCAACUCCUGCAGACCUUUCCCAGCCUCCAGGAGCUCUCCAACGCCUCUCUCCCCGAGUUAGAAGCCGUGGUGGGGAAAGGGAUGGCCGGCAACAAUCCACAAAUUCUUUUCCAAAACAACGUGACCCAACCAAACCAUGCAUUCAUGGAAGCUACCAAUCAGAAACCAGAUCACUACCUGACAGAUGCUGAUCAGAAACAGCAGCAGAACACAGGAUGGUGUAGGUCUGUCAUUUGCACCAAUGUCUGCCUUCAAAUCUGA